AUGGCUUCUGGCAAGGCAACAAGCCUAUAUAGCCACGCUGAAAUCUUCCUCCCAUCCAAACAAGAAUCUGGAAUCAAGAAGAAAAGCGGAGAGGAAACCCAACAGACCAAGGGAGCCACCAUUGAAUCUAGCCGAAUCAACCAAAACCGUGCUGAGAGGACACAGAGGUUCCAAACUCAAUGCUCAAAAAGAAAACCAUACGAGAUUCGUCAGGGAAUUCCUGAGAGGAGCUCCUCCAAACAGGAUCCUGGGAACAAGACCGCCAGCAUUGAACAUCGAGGAAGAGAAAAUCCUUCCGAAACCCACGAGAGUUGA